AUGGUUUCCAAAACCACGCGAGCUGCACGCAUACGUGCGGCCGCGAAAAGUGCCUCUCAUGCCUCAGCAGCAGGUAAUUCGUCGCCUAGUGUCGUGAAUCCUCCACGUGGUGAGUCACCACGUGCGACAGGUACAUCCGUUGCGUCUGCAGCGGGUACCUCGGGUCGUAAUCAAGACGAGUCUGAGUCAGAGCUCAUCUAUUCUGGCGAGUCGGAUGAUGCACCCGACUCGAAGGCAACUCUUCACGCCUCGGAAUCACCCGGGGGGGACACUGCAAGAGCCAGGUUGACUGGAUCUGGUCAACGCGGCGGUUUUUAUGACCCAGAUCUUCGGAUCGAGUGA